AUGGCCCCUACUUUAACAACAUGGGUGAAGACUGUCCGUGAAAGACUUAGUCGGAAAGGCCAGCUUGAUAAAAUCCUGGAUAGCUUUAAGAAAUGUAUGACAGAUGAAGAAAGGGUUGCAUGUUUGUACAAUAUUGAAGAUGUCCAUGAGGUUCUUAAUGUGAAGGAGACCUACAAGGCUAAAGAUGAAGAUGAAGCAAAGGAUCUGAGAAUCCAAGGGAACCUAGCUUUCCAAAAGAAGGACUAUGAUGCUGCUCUCAAGCUGUAUUCUGACUGUAUUAUUAAUGCCCCUUCAAAAGGAAGCACUGAACUAGCCCUUGCAUUGGGCAACAGAUCUGCUGUGUUAUAUCAUUUGCACAACUAUGUCCUUUGUUUGCAAGAUAUCCGACAAGCUUUCAAGCACAGUUAUCCAGACCAUCUGCAGUAUAAGUUGUAUGAACGCAGAGGAAAAGCUUGCUAUGCACUUCGGUUGAAAGAGGAGGCCAUCUGUGCAUUUAACGAUUCUCUUAAUGUUCUGGACAAGACUCAACUAGAUCAAAAGAAAGUUGCCACUUUGAAGUCAGAUUUGAUGAAGCAGUUGGAAAAGUGUAACAAAAUUGUUCCAGGAGGAAAAUUUAAGAAUGUUCGUGAUUACAACCACAACCAUACACAGAUUCCAGAGUUUAAAGAAAGUCGAAGUUCCCACAUCCCAUGUAUGGUAAAUUCACUUGUCAUGAAGUCUACAGAUGGUCAUGGAAGAGGUCUGUAUGCAACCAGAGACAUAGAAGUAGGGGAGGUGUUGAUAAUUGAGAAACCAUUCACAUCUGUCACCCUCAGGGAGUACAACCUGACACAUUGCCAUCACUGCUGCAACAAAGUGUAUUGCCCAUUGCCUUGCGACCAGUGCAGUGGUGUGGUUUUCUGUAGUGAGGAGUGUCUGGACACAGCGAUGAAGUCCUACCACUAUGCAGAGUGCAAAUAUCAUGAUCUUAUCCAGAGAUCUGAGCUUGGUAUGGCACACUUGGCCUUGAGAAUGGUGUUGAAAGUUGGACAGAAGUUCCUACGGGAGUACCAGAAGAAAGCAGAAGAGAAGAUGAGUGAUCCUCUUCUCCUUGGCUGCAAUGAGAAUGGUGUGUAUGAUUCAGAUGAUUAUCAUUCGGUGUAUAAUCUGGUGAACCACACUGAUGACAGGUCAUGUCCAGAUUUGUUCAGAAGGGCUCUUGGUGCUGUGUUCUUGGUGAAAUGUAUUGAGAAGUCUGAAUUCUUCGCUGCUGCAGAAGGUGCUGAAGAUAGUGAUGUUGAUGAGGAGAGCGUUUAUGUUGGUGGACACAUCCUUAGACAUACACAGAUGCUUCCUUGCAAUGCUCAUGAAGUGUCUGAGCUUCUGUACAAAACAUAUAGUGUUGAAAUGUCAGAGCCAGUUGAAAUUGGAUCAGCUAUCUAUUCAACAUUAAGCUUGAUCAACCAUUCUUGUGAUCCGUCAGUUGUCCGACAUUUAUAUGGAAACCAAUGUGUUGUACGGGCAAUACGAAACAUAUCCAAAGGAGAAGAAAUAUUUGACAAUUAUGGGGUCCUGUAUCCAGUCACAAGUAAGCAGAUGCGUCAAGAGAAGCUGGUUGCACAGUAUUACUUCACCUGCAACUGCUAUGCAUGUGUAAGCAACUGGCCAAUGUAUAACAAAAUCAGAAGAGAAGAUCCAGUAUUGAAGUGUAAGAAAUGCAAGAUUGGCAGAGUCCGAAUCCCAGCAGACAACCACACAACUCGAGCCAUAUGCUCUGACUGUAGAGAGGUGAUGGACAUCACACCAGACCUGCUCCAUCUGUCAAAGUCGGAGCAGUUCUUCCAAGGCAGCAUGGACAAGGUGCUUAAAGGAGAGGAUAGGGACGCAGCAUUACCGUUCCUUGUUGACCAUCUCAAGCUGAUCGACACCCUCCUGUUUCGACCAUGGAAGGACUACAAUGACUGUCAGGAGGCCAUAAAGCAGUGCUAUGGAAGUAUGGGAAACUGCCAUGUUGUGGAGGAACCGGAUGAGGAUGACGAGGAGCUUAUGAUGGGACAGAGAAGAAACCUCAGACCAACCUAG